GGUUCUAUGGUUUUUUGGGUCUGUAGUUCUGUGUGUCUGUGGUUCUGUGGGACAGUGUUUCUGUGGUUCCAUGGUUCUUUGGGUCUGUAGUUCUGUGUCUGUCGGUCUGUGGUUCUGUAGUUCUGUGUGUCUGUGGUUUUGUGUGUCUGCGGUUCUGUGGGUCUGUGGUUCUGUAAUUCUGUAGUUCUGUAUGUCUGUGGGUCUGUGGUUCUGUAGUUCUGUGUAUCUGCGGUUCUGUUGGUCUGUGGUUCUGUAGUUCUGUAGUUCUGUGUGUCUGUGGGUCUGUGGGUCUGUGUGUCUGCGGUUCUGUGUGUCUGUGUGUCUGUGGGUCUGUGGUUCUGUGGUUUUGUAGUUCUGUGGGUCUGUUGUUCUGUGGUUCUGUGGUUCUGUGUAUCUGUGGUUCUGUGGUUCUGUGGUUCUGUAGUUCGGUAGUUCUGUAGUUCUGUGUGUCUGUGGUUCUGUGGGACAGUGUGUCUGUGGUUCCGUGGGACUGUGGGUCUGUGGUUCUGUGGGACAGUGUGUCUUUGAGUCUGUGGUUCUGUGUGUCUGUGUGUCUGUGGUUCUGUGGGACAGUAUGUCUGUGGGUCUGUGGUUCUGUGUGACUGUGGGCCUAAGGGUCUGUGGUUCUGUGUGUGGGUGGUUCUGUGGGACAGUGUGUCGGUGGUUCUACGGUUCUGUGGGUCUGCGGUUCUGUCGUUCUGUGGGUCGGUGGUUCUGUGGUUCUGUGUGUCCGUGGUUCUGUAGUUCUGUGUGUCUGUGGUUCUGUGGUUCUGUAGUUCUGUGUGUCUGUGGUUCUGUGUGUCUGUGUUUCUGUGGGACAGUAUGUCCGUGUGACUGUGGGUCUGUGGCUCUGUUUGUCUGUGGUUCUGUGGGACAGUGUUUCUGUGGUUCUAUGGUUCUUUGGGUCUGUGGUUCUGUAGUUCUGUGUGUCUGUGGGUCUGUGGUUCUGUGGUUCUGUAGUUCUGUGUGUCUGUGGUUCUGUGUGUCUGCGGUUCUGUGGUUCUUUAGUUCUGUGUGUCUGUGGGUCUGUGGUUCUGUAGUUCUGUGUGUCUGUGGUUCUGUGGGUCUGUGGUUCUGUAGUUCUGUGGGUCUGUGGUUCUGUGGUUCUGUGGGUCUGUGGUUAUGUAGUUCUAAGUGUCUGUGGUUCUGUGUGCCUGUGGAUCUGAGGGUCUGUGGUUCUGUGUGUCUGUGGUUCUGUGGGACAGUGUUUCUGUGGUUCUAUGGUUCUUUGGGUCUGUAGUUCUGUGUGUCUGUUGUUCUGUGGGACAGUGUUUCUGUGGUUCCAUCGUUCUUUGGGUCUGUAGUUCUGUGUGUCUGUCGGUCUGUGGUUCUGUAGUUCUGUGUGUCUGUGGUUUUGUGUGUCUGCGGUUCUGUGGGUCUGUGGUUCUGUAGUUCUGUAUGUCUGUGGGUCUGUGGUUCUGUAGUUCUGUGUAUCUGCGGUUCUGUUGGUCUGUGGUUCUGUAGUUCCGUAGUUCUGUGUGUCUGUGGGUCUGUGGGUCUGUGUGUCUGCGGUUCUGUGUAUCUGUGGUUCUGUGGUUCUGUAGUUCGGUAGUUCUGUAGUUCUGUGUGUCUGUGGUUCUGUGGGACAGUGUGUCUGUGGUUCCGUGGGACUGUGGGUCUGUGGUUCUGUGGGUCUGUGGUUCUGUAGUUCUGUGUGUCUGUGUGUCUGUGUGUCUGUGGUUCUGUGUGUCUGCGGUUCUGUGUGUCUGUGGUUCUGUAGUUCUGUGGGUCUGUGGUUCCGUGGUUCUGUGGUCUGAGCUGCUGGUUCGGUGUCGCUGCAGGUCUGAAGGAUGGACAACAACUCGCUGGCACUGUCCGGAUACUGCAACGUGACCCUAUGGAACAAGUUGGACCUCUUCUACACCUUUGACUUCAGCCGGCUGACGUCCCAGGCCAACGGUUCCGACCCGAGCCUGACCUCAGACCUGCAGUCGGUUCUGCACGUGAGCAGGUAGGCGGUGGUGUGCAGCGGCUUCCCUCUGAGCGUCCUGGCCAUCUACGCCCUCUACUCCACGGUGCGUCACGACCACGUGGCUCCGAUCUACGUCAUGAACCUCCUGACGUCGGACCUGGUCCAGCUCUGCUGCAUGAUCAUCUGGCUGACGAGGGUCAAGGCUCAGCAGCUCAACGACGCCACCUGCUUCAUCUACGUGUUCGGCCUGAUGACCAGCGUGUGCUUCAUGGUCUGUGUGGCUCUGGAAAGGUACCUGGUCAUCUCCCAGCCGCUGUGGUACCGCUUCAGACGGACCAUCCGCUUCUCCGUGGUGGUCUGCGUGUGCGUGUGGGUUCUGGCGCUGGUCGGCAUCCUGUUCCUCAGCCUGGCGUCGGACUUCAGCUACCCGGCCGCGGUGUUCUGCGUGGUUCUGCUGCUGCCCUUCCCCGUGCUCGUCUUCUCGCUGGUGGGCAGCCUCAGGGCUCUGUCGUCCUCCAUCUCCGUCCACUCCAGGGAAAAACGGCGCAUUGUGGGAGUUCUGGUUCUGGUGCUGCUCAACUACUCGCUGCUGUUCCUGCCCACCAUCGUCUUGUCUUUCUGCAGACAGUACGACUCCGUGCUCCACGGGGCCUCCUUCGCCUUGAUCCAGUUCAGCCCUCUGGCCAACCUGGUUCUGUACGUGUUCAUGAGGAGGGGAACCAUGGAGCACCUGUCCUGUCUGAGCCGGAGGAGCGCGCGCUCGUCGGUGGACAGCAGGCAGACGCUCGGCUCAGCGAAGUCCCAGCCCUGAUGAGGGAAGGGAUGUUUACAGAACCCUUUACGGACCCGACGCCUGAUUCAUCCACGAAUCAAAGACCUUUGUGUGUUUAUAUGUUAGACAGGAGUUUUUUUACAGACCUGGCAUCUUUGUUUAACGAAUAAACGAAUAUGAAAUGAAUGAGCUGAUGGCAUCAACAGAAUGUUUGGUGUUAAGACUUUACCGGCUUCACAAGUUUAGGGGAUUUUACAAGAUGAACGUCCUCUACUACUAAUUACAAAUGUCUUGUUCAGUUUUACUGACUCAGCACUUUGCAUCAGAGAACCCACUUGUUUUCUUAGAUCCCAACUCUGAAUCUGUCAGGAUCCUGGGCUGGUUCUGCCAGCUAAUGGCAGAGCAUUUAUUGCCUGCACAUCUGGACUUAAGUCGGUUUAUUUCCAAAUUUAUUUAAUUCCUGUUUAGCAUCCUUCAUGUUAUUUAGGUUCAGUCAUCGGUUCAGCAUAGUUGGUUCCAGUCUCACGCUGUGCUUGUGGUCAGAACACAAGCUUAUUGUUUCCAUAACGGACAUGGAAUCAAUGAUCCACUUUGCACAAUAUAAUUCAAAGUUAAAGCUGUAACAGUUUAUGUUUGAUGGUCAGUCUGUAAAUAAUGAGCAGGUUGAAUUUGUUCCAUCGUUACCGGACGCUGUGUUUCAACCUAAUCUUUUUCCGCUAAUGUUUGUUGCUGAUGUUUGGUGCAGAUGUGUUAACGUUGAUAAUUUGAUGCGUUAUCAGAGCAUCACUUCACACGUUCGUGGGAACAUAAAUAGAAAACAGGAAAAACAAAGGUUAAAUAGUUUAGAUCAAGCGUUUGUCCCUUAUUGUUGAUGAUAUAUUUGAUAUUUGACUUAAGGUUCGGUAACUUGACAAUAUUUGUGGACUAAAUCAGUGACUAAAAAAACUUUGUGAGAAAAUGUUUGUAACAAAAUCCAACCUAUGAGACAGUAAAUGUUCAAUUGAG